AUGCAGGUCGCGAACUCCAAUGGAGCGCCCGAGAGUGGUUACUCGCGCCCGAUCCGGGACCACGCGUUCCUGACGCGGCCCAACCACGAGCAGAUCGAGGACAGCCGCGACGCGUACGGGAAGCGCAUCAAGGCGGCAUGGCGCAUGAAGGCGGUGCGCAGGACGGUCGAGUGCUGCAAGUUCUGCUGCGACGAGAACGCCGGCAUUAAGCCCUACUUCCUGAACGCCCCGACGGCGGAGGAGCUCCCGGUGCCGCCGCUGAUGAAGGGCGAAACCGUCACGGACAGGUUCCACGGCGCGUUCUUCCAGCCCGUGCUCGGCGCGUGCUGCUGCGGCCUCCUCCGGAACCCCUGCUGCCCGCUGGACUUCUCUCUCAACGAGACCGUCGACAUUCUGGUCACCGACAAGCGCCUCGUCGUCGGGCAGGACGUCCAGGACGACAGGCACCUGCGCGCCUGCUGCUACACCUGCGACCAGGGGACGUCCAACGGCAGCAGCACCAUGCGCUCCUUCCUCUGGAGCGACAUCAUGGAGGUCCGGCGCGUGACCGAGCGCAACUACGUGUCGCGGGGCUGCUUCUACGGGUGCACGCGCUGCGUGUCCAAGGACGGCAAGUGCUUCAUCGAGCUGCGGCUGCGCAACACCAACACCUUCCGCACCAACGGGGCCGGCAUGGCGGCGGGCGCGGCCACGGGCGUCACGGGCUUCCUCAAGGCGUGGUUCGGGUUCCCUGAGUCAGGCGGGUCGGACGAGAUCUUCCGCGUGCGCGUGCACCCGCAGGACGCGCCGCGCAUCCUCACGUCCAUCUUCAACGGCAUCGCCGAGGCCAACAAGGACUGA